GAGGACUGGCUGCGCCACAAAGCCGACAGCGCCGUGAACCAGUGCCCCGUGCACUUCGUCCAGCACGGCCGGCUGGUGCGGAAGCAGAGCCGGAAGCUCAGGGUCGGGGACAUCGUCAUGGUCAAGGAGGACGAGACCUUCCCCUGUGACCUGAUCUUCCUGUCCAGCAGCCGCGCGGAUGGGACCUGCCACGUGACCACCGCCAGCCUGGACGGAGAGUCCAGCCACAAGACCCAUUACGCAGUUCAAGACACAAAGGGGUUUCAUACGGAGGAAGAUAUAGAUUCUCUCCACGCCACCAUCGAGUGUGAGCGACCGCAGCCCGACCUCUACAAGUUCGUCGGCCGCAUAAAUGUUUACAGCGAUCUGAAUGACCCCGUGGUGAGGCCGUUGGGAUCGGAAAACUUGCUUCUUAGAGGAGCCACGCUAAAGAACACCGAGAAAAUCUUCGGUGUUGCUGUUUACACGGGCAUGGAAACCAAGAUGGCGCUGAAUUAUCAGUCAAAAUCCCAGAAGCGAUCUGCUGUCGAAAAAUCAAUGAAUGUAUUCCUCAUCGUGUACCUCUGCAUCCUCAUCAGCAAAGCGCUGAUUAAUACCGUCAUGAAGUACGUGUGGCAGAGCGAGCCGUUCCGAGAUGAGCCAUGGUACAACCAGAAGACAGAGGCAGAACGACAGAGGAACCUGCUCCUCAGAGCCUUCACGGACUUCCUCGCCUUCAUGGUCCUCUUCAACUACAUCAUCCCCGUGUCCAUGUACGUCACCGUGGAGAUGCAGAAGUUCCUCGGCUCCUACUUCAUCACCUGGGACGAAGAAAUGUUUGACGAGGAAACGGGUGAAGGGCCUCUGGUUAACACCUCGGAUUUAAACGAAGAGCUAGGACAGGUGGAGUACGUGUUCACGGACAAGACGGGCACCCUCACCGAGAACAACAUGGAGUUCAAGGAGUGCUGUGUGGAGGGCCACGUGUACGUGCCGCACGCCGUCUGCAACGGACAGGUGCUCCCCGCCGCCGCUGCCAUCGACAUGAUCGACGCCUCCCCGGGCGCCAGCGGGCGGGAGAGGGAAGAGCUGUUUUUCCGGGCCGUCUGUCUGUGCCACACCAUCCAGGUGAAGGACGACGAUGAGGUGGACGGGCCCAGGAAGUCGCCGGAUUCAGGGAAGCGCUGCGCGUACAUCUCGUCCUCGCCUGACGAGGUGGCUCUGGUCGAAGGCAUCCAGAGGUUGGGCUUCACGUACCUGAGGCUGAAGGAGAAUUACAUGGAGCUCCGGAACAGGGACAAUGACAUCGAGAGGUUCGAACUGCUGGAGAUUUUGAGCUUUGACUCAGUAAGAAGGAGAAUGAGUGUAAUUGUCAAAUCUGCUACAGGAGAAAUUUAUCUGUUUUGCAAAGGAGCAGAUUCCUCAAUAUUUCCCCGAGUGGUAGAAGGCAAGGUGGACCAGAUCCGAUCCAGAGUGGAGCGCAACGCAGUGGAGGGGCUUCGGACCUUGUGCGUUGCCUACAAAAGGCUCAUGCAGGAAGAAUACGAAGGCAUCUAUAAGCUGCUGCAGGCCGCCAGAGUGGCGCUCCACGAUCGGGAAAGGAAGUUAGCAGAAGCCUAUGAGCAGAUAGAGAAAGACCUUAUCCUGCUCGGUGCUACGGCCGUGGAGGAUCGGCUGCAGGAGAAGGCGGCCGACACCAUCGAGGCCCUGCAGAAGGCGGGCAUCAAGGUGUGGGUGCUCACGGGUGACAAGAUGGAGACGGCAGCCGCCGCCUGCUACGCCUGCAGGCUCUUCCGCAGGAACACGCAGCUGCUCGAGGUGACCACCAAGAGGCUGGAGGAGCAGAGCCUGCACGACGUGCUCUGCGAGCUGAGCAAGACCGUCCUGCACUGCAGCGCCAGCCUGACCCGGGACAGCUUCUCAGGACUCUCGGCCGAUAUGCAGGACUACGGUUUAAUUAUUGAUGGUGCCGCGCUGUCCUUGAUAAUGAAGCCGUGUGAGGACGGGAGCGCCAGCCACUACCGAGAGCUCUUCCUGGACAUCUGCCGGAACUGCAGCGCCGUGCUUUGCUGCCGGAUGGCGCCCCUGCAGAAGGCCCAGAAUGUCUGCUUCAUUUUCCCUCAGUUUUUAUACCAGUUCUUCUGUGGGUUUUCACAACAGACCCUGUACGACACUGCCUACCUGACUCUCUACAACAUCAGCUUCACCUCCCUCCCCAUCCUGCUGCACAGCCUGACGGAGCAGCACGUCGCCAUGGACACGCUCAAGAGGGACCCUGCCCUCUACAGAGACAUCGCCAAGAACGCUCUCCUCCGCUGGCGCGUGUUCAUUUACUGGACGUUCUUAGGCGUGUUCGAUGCUCUGGUGUUUUUCUUCGGUGCUUACUUCAUGUUUGAAAACACAACCGUGACCAGCAACGGACAGGUAUUUGGGAACUGGACCUUCGGGACGCUGGUUUUCACGGUGAUGGUGUUUACGGUCACCCUGAAGCUGGCGCUGGACACACACUACUGGACUUGGAUAAACCACUUCGUGAUCUGGGGGUCACUGCUGUUUUACGUCGUCUUUUCCCUCCUCUGGGGAGGAAUUAUCUGGCCGUUCCUCAGUUAUCAAAGGAUGUACUAUGUGUUCAUACACAUGCUGUCCAGCGGCCCCGCCUGGCUGGCCAUCGUCCUGCUCGUCGCCGUCAGCCUCCUUCCCGACGUCCUCAAGAAAGUGCUGUGCAGGCAGCUGUGGCCCAGCGCCACCGAGAGAGUCCAGAGGAGCUCGAGCCACCGAGCCCCGGCCGACGCCGCGCCGAGCCCUGACCGGCCUCUCCUGAUGGACCCCGAGCCGCGGCCGCGGCGCGAGUAGCUGGCGGAUAGGUAACGGCCGCCCGCGGGCAGCCCGGUGUGCUGUGCUCUUGCUGACUGCGCGGUUUUCCUCCAAAGUUUUGCGUGCUGUGCUGUGUCUGUUAGGUUCGUGGUCACAAAGAAAGGCCUUUACACACGUGGGUUCCAUCCCAGGUAAGUGGCCUGCCCAAGAGGCCGGCUGCGUGGGCUGCGUGCCGUGCACACACACGCACACGCCUGCACACCUGUGCAGCGCACACGCCGGGUGGACAUCGCCCCACACGUGUCCGGUGUUCGGCGUCCAGAGCACAGUUCAUUCAUUCUCAUCCGUGGUGGUGGGAAUGGCUUCACCUGAAAGGUCCAUCAGGAAAGACCACCUUUCGAAGUAAAAAAGGGGGUCUGGAGUGAGCGGCCCGAGCCUUGGCCGGGGCAGGUGUCCAGCAGCGCCUUCAGUGUCCAGAGCAGGCGUCUCCCGCCCGGCUGCCCCUCCCCUCCCUGCCCGUUCGAUCCGAACACACGCGUGGGCCGGGGAGGGGAGGUGCCUCUGGGGGCGCUGGGUAGGGCGAGGUCAGCAUCCCCAUUAGAGGAACCGCAGCCAGUCCGGGCCCAGGGAGGGGCUUCGUGUUUUCACGCGUGUCUUCUGCGGGACGGUGGGCCCGAGAAGGGGACACGAUCGCAGCCGGGAUGGUCCACGUGCCUCCUCCGUGUCUGGUCCAGCUGUGUUCAGGGGAGCCCAGGCCGGGGCAGCGAGGGCGGUGGCCACGUCGGGGCGUCGGGUCAGACGACGGGUGCUCGAUGGGAUUCUCGCGGGGGUCCCGGCACUGACUCUGUCCUUUCUGUUCCCGACAGACCGCGUGCUUGGUGUCACGACCACCUCUCGGGAGUCACCCCCUUGCCUCUCUGUAGACCCCAGCCCUGGGCAGCGCCCUGGGAGGGCGGGGGCGCCAGGCCCCCUCCAGCUCAGCCUCUCCCACUCCCCGCGUCCCCACCCGGCUACAGACCCCGCUCCUGUGGCCCGAGGGGAGACCGGAUGCACGGAUCACGGGUCCAGCCUCUAAGAGCCGCACGGUGAAGGGGGCAGGACAGGCGUCUCCGGGCGGCGACCAGGCAGGACGCACGCGAGCCCUCGGUGCACCCUGUGGGAGCAGGAUCUGGGGGGAUCGCGGCCCCCCCCCGGGUGAGGCCGCACCUCGACCUCCUGGGAAGCGCAGCUGAGCCUUGCAGGCGGGGUCGGGUCUGGCCCCUCCUCCCGGGCCCCAAAACCUCUGCUUUCGGAACCAGCCCAGGGACACCUCAGGACCGGCACCCCUCCCUCCCUCCUGUCCGUCCGCUGCUGGCACCGGGACCUGCGGUAGCGAGGCCGACCGCGGACGUGUCUGGUCCCACGCCCCUUCCUCCGCGGGGCUGGGGCCUGUGUGCUUCGGCACCGCCUCCUGCCUCCCCCCAGCUGCCUAUGCGAAGAGGGGAACCUAUCCAGUAAAGCUUCCGGCACAGAUUCCGGGCAAUUCCUCUUCCCGCUCCCGAGGAUGCGGCUCACCGGGGCGCCCUUGCUGCGAAAUGCCCGUUUUGGGGCUUGAGGGGAAGGGUGGGGUCUGGGUGCCGGAGGCCGGCCUCUGAUGUGGUCCUUAGGCCCCCAUUAAGAGUGGUCGGUCUCCCGGCGGUGUUGUCCCCCAGAUCUGUGUGAGGCCCACAGGUCUGACAAGGUGGCCUGGGCGACCUGAAAAGCAAUAUCGCAGCCCUCGCCGCCACCGCGCUGACUCUGACCUAACCCUGCUCUGCCGGGGGUCCUAUCCGUGUCUCCUUGUGGGGGUGAACCGUCAGAAGGCGGCUGUGCUGUAAACUCCCUGUGACUUUCCUGUACCAGUAUCUUAUUUCUGGAAAUAACCCGUUCGAUAUAGCCUUAAUAGUCCGUAAAGAAGACAUUUCAGUUUGAGAUUCAGAGGGUAAAACCAAUGGCUUUUUAGGAAAGGGUCACCCAAAAGCUAAACGUUGCCCCCGCUGGAUGCAUGGGUGGGAUUUAGGGAUGUCGGUUGGGGAGUGAACACUGAGUCUACUUCCGAGAUGCUCGACGUUAGGGGUUUCGGGAAGUUCAGAUUUCAGUUUGAUUGUAUCAUGUUCACCUGUAAACUAUUUGUUUGAACGAGGGGAUGAGUUAACAGCAAGAACAAGCGUACACAGGUAGUCGGGGUGAAGCAGGUGAAGUAUAAACAUACCAAAGACUAGGAUGAUGGACGUGGGGCCUCCAGUGAGACGGGGAUGGGAGGGCGUGUCCGUCUGAGGGUCCUCCAGCCUCCGCCCCGCCCCCGUCACUCACACUCCACGUCCAGUGUGUGGUCCACACUAGACCCUGCAAACAAUGGUGUGUGCAUUUUUACAGUCGUUUUUAAGAACCUAAAAUGGGUAUAAAUGUAAUACACGUGGGGGACAGAUUCUCUGUACGUUUAGUUAACAAAUUGUUUGUAAUGUAUUUUUUUAGAAAUCUUAAAAUUCCCUUUGCACUGAAGUAUUUUCAUAGCUGUUUUGUUUGUUAAUGUAUCAUAUCUAGUUUUUAAAGUAUGUUUUUAAAGCUUUUAUUUUUUACGUUGAUGGCAUUUUGGCCACUUUAUAUUUGAAUUCUGAUGAACAUUUUGGCUGAAUGUCUCAAUAUCUGAUGAAUGUGAAUUUUCAGAGUUGAUUUUCUUCUCUACGCCUGUUUAUUUUUGGUGUUUCUGGCGGUAGUCAGUAGCUAAAAGGCAGAUUUAGAGUAUGAUAAUUUGCUAUGCUCUUUCUUCACAGUUCAUUGCCAUUUCAUCUGCUUUUUAUUUGGUUUUUAAUUUCUAUCCUUCAGCCUUAAAAUAGCUUCUUGACGGUUCUGUGUCCUCUUUUUGCCUGUAUUGAGAUGGUUACCAUUUACCUCGGAUAAGUCAAGUCUCCUUAUGAAAGUUACUGACCUUUCCAUGCUCCAAAAAGUCUUCUUAAAAUUGUUUGGGAAAUUAUUAAGUGACUGUGCCUGAUAAUUUGAAAUAGGCGAGGGGCAUGAGAUCAAAAGUAAAGUCAAAGGAGGGACAGAAGAACCCACUGAAGUGACAUUUCGGACGAGACAAUGAGAUUCCCACCUGACAGUGGGCAGCACUUACUUGCCUUACACUAACCUUAAAGCAAGUAACUUAGUUUUGAAAAUCUUACAGCUGCACGUUCAUCACUUAUUAACAUUUCCCCCGCUGGUCCAGAUGUCUGGUUCCUGACCCACACGCCAUCCCCCAAAGCAAGCUGUCUGUAGGCCGUGUUGCUCCGGCCACCCCCGUGGUCCUGCUUUCAGCUCCCGGCCACCCGAGGCCGCAGGUGCACACACAUCCCACGUGCUACGGGGACCCUGCGGGGGCCUCUGAGCCCCACCCUCAGGACAGGUGGCUGCCAGCAGCCCUCGGACCCUCCCAGCUGCAGCGUCCCUGUGUCCGGAGCUGGGAGUAAAGACCCUCUCUUGGCAACUCCUGUUAGAACCCAAAUCAGCCCAUUCCUGUGCCCUUGAUUCCAUGGGGUGAACGCAGACCAAAUGACCCGCGCCCCCCUCCCCCGGGGGGGGCCGUGGCCCCGUGAGACCCACUGGUGGCAGUGCCGGGCCACGGGAGGAGCCCAGGAGCGCCGCCUCCUGCAGUAGCCGGUUUAUAGAAGCAUAGUUCGGCCUGGUGAGACUUUGCAGCUUUAACUAGAGAACUGCCUCGCACAUGCUGUGUAACUAUUCCUGAGUUCGUGGGCGUCAACCAGAAGUUCAGGGCAAAACCUAAGGGAAGUUUCCGGCCUCUUUCUUUAAAACCACUGAGUUCAUCUGUUUUGCACUGUUAAUGACGUAAUACAACCACUUCUGCUUUAUCUUAAAAUUAAUGGUAUUUAUUUGACGACUCAGUGUAACAGCUUGCUAUGCACUUUCUUUUGGAAGUUUCCCAUUUGUAACUUUAAAAACAGGAAAAAUGUCAGCAGGCAAACGCAUUCUUUUUUCUUUUUCUUUUUUCUAGUUAGAGGGCAGGUGAAUGGGGCUGGGAAUCAUUCUGAUUCGUCUAUAAACAAAGCUUUAAUGAAGCUGUGUCAGAGUAUUAUUAAAGUGUGAUUCUACUUUUGCAGAAAAAAAUCUAAAGAUCAGUUUAUAUAGCUUUAUUUUUUACCUUAUCGAAAUAUACAGAAUUUUAAUAUGCGUAUAUUGUCUCUGACUUAAAGUUAUAAUGUGUGUCUGCAUUGCUGUUUAAAAUGUCCGUUCGUUAUGUAAUGUAAUAAAAGAGAAUCUUCAAAAAUGUAUUUAACACGAAUGUUAUCUCUAGGUGUUGUCAUCGUAAAUACUGGAAUUUAUUUUUAAAUUAUUGAAUAUAGUAGGUGCGUUUAAGAUAAUAAAUCAGCCUCCAAACAGUAAUGUUUAAUUGAUAAUUAUUUAUUAACCUGCUUUGAAAAAUUAAAUUGUGAAUUAAACCGAA